AUAAAUAUAUUAGUCUGGAUCCCAAGUAAAUCCAUCAACGUAAACCAAAACGUACCUCUAUAAAUCAUCGAUCAGUUUUGCUCUGUUUUAUCAUCCUCUUCCAUAACAUCCAACCAUGAGCGACGAACUUGCCCUUGAUUUCUCUCCCUUCAUCAAAGUAUACAAAGACGGCCGAGUCGAGCGUCUCCUAGGCACAGCCACAGUCCCUGCAUCGAUCGAUCCCCAAACCGGGGUGCAAUCCAAAGACGUCAUCAUCUCAACCGCACCUCUCAUCUCUGUAAGGCUUUACAUUCCCAAGUCCACUUCAACUGAGUCAACCCUGAAGCUCCCUGUUCUGGUUUACUUUCACGGCGGUGGCUUCUGCAUUGAGAGUGCUUUCUCUCCCACUUAUCACAAUUACCUCAACUCAUUUGUCUCCGAAGCCAAUGUUAUAGCUGUUUCUGUUGACUACAGGUUGGCGCCGGAGCACCCUGUCCCGGCUGCCUAUGAAGAUUCAUGGGCGGCUGUAAAAUGGGUGGAGUCCCAUUUAGCCGGAACUGGCCCGGAAGAGUGGCUGAACCGGCAUGCUGAUAUGAACCGGGUUUUCUUUUCAGGUGAUAGUGCUGGUGCUAACAUAGCUCAUCACAUGGGUUUGAGAGUUGGAUCUGAGAAGUUGGCCUGUUUUAAGCUGAAGGGGAUUGUGUUGGUACAUCCAUAUUUUUGGGGGGAAGAACCAGUUGGGGGAGAGCUAGCUUUGGCUGAGAGUGUUAGAAAGAUGGUGCCUGAUUUGUGGAAGUUUACAUACCCUUUGACUUGUGGAUCCGAUGACCCGCUUUUUAAUCCGGGUAAGCAUCCGAAGUUGGGGGAAUUGGGUUGUGAGAAAGUGUUGGUCUGUGUUGCGGAGAAGGAUUCGUUGAAAGAUAGGGGGUGGUAUUACAGUGAGGUAUUGAAGAAGAGUGGAUGGAAUGGAGUUGUGGAAGUUAUGGAAGCAAAGGAGGAGCAGCAUGUGUUUCAUUUGUUCAAUCCUAGUUGUGACAAUGCUGUGGCCAUGCUCAAGAAGAUCGUUUCUUUCAUGAAUUAGUUUUGGUUUUGAUUCUGAUUCUGAAUGAUUAGCUUAUUGCAAUUGGUCUCUCUUCACAUCUGUUCUUUUGUACUGUAUGCGUGCUUGUACAAGAGAAUAAUCAUGAGCCUAGUACAAGAGAAUUCUAUGCUUGAAUUGUGAAAUGAUAAAGAAACCCGAGGGGGUUGAUUUGUCUUUCUUGAUGUAGUUCCUGUGUAAGCUCAAGUUAUUAAAGAAAACGGGGAAAUGAAUUGAUAAAGUUGAAAUCAGGUUUCCAUUA